AGGAAUAUCAAAAAUGCAGUCAUUGGCAACAAAGCAAAGAAAUCAUCUUUUAUCAGACUUAAUGUCAUACCAAAGGUUAUUGAACUGCUUGUGCAGGACGACACUGGAAUUGAGUUUGUGGUUGAGUCAGUUGUCUUGUUGGGCAGCCUGGCAAGAGGUGUAGUAAAAACCUUUUGUUAAUAAUUUUUGGGCUCAUAUACAUGUAUCAAUGGUGUGCUCUAAGAAAAUGGAGCCCAGUGCUCUUAUGCUGUGAAAUCCAGUGUGCCCAGCAUAAGAUUUCUAUGAAAAAACUAAGAUUUUCUAGUCACCCCAGAGCAAAAGUAAAAUGCCAGAGACCACUAGGCACUGCUGGAGCACUACCCUGGUAUAAUUAUAGAUUUCAUGGAGUGUGAAGUUUGCUUCAUAAGAAUCUACCUUUACAACUGUACUCUCAUACCAAAACUAAUUAACAAUUAUUAGGCAACAAUGAGCAACAUCUCGUGAUUUGUUAGUGGCAAGCAGAUCAAUAAUAACAUUGAUCUGCAAGAGAGACACUGGCAAAUCACGAUAUUUUGCGAUGACCGAGUUCAAUAUGUUUUAUCAUUGCAUGACCAAGUUUGUUUUUUAAUUAAUAUCUUUGGGAAACAAUGCGACCUGCCAUUUUUCACAGAAGAGCGAUCGCCAAAAGGAAAACGAUUGGUUUUGUUUACGCAUGAGCAGAGUAUUAGUUGUAGCCAAACACAGUAUUUAGGACGACAUUGCGCAUGAGCAGACCAUUACUUGUAGGCAGUUAUUCGCAUGGUGGGCUUUCGGUCAAUGAAAAGGAAGAAAAAUUUGCAACAAAUGAUAAACACUUUUAUUAAUUAUUUUAUCAAUCUUCUCUGAUCCACUAUUUUCAGGUUCUGCUGAAAAUGUUGAAGCCCUCUUGGAAGCUCACUCACUGGAAGUAUUUUUUAAAGGUAAAGCAUCAUUGUAUACCCAUGAGACACCAUCAGUUUUCUCCUGAUAAUAUAAAUAUGUCAUUAACGAAAGAGGUUAUCACGCAAGAACAAAUGCUUUGAUCUUUAAACAAGUUCUCUCAACUAUUCUAAUUCUUUAAGGGAAUGUACAUAGAGAAUUUUGCGUGACGAUAUUAGGGCUUAUAAAAUCAAUGCUACCAAAAUCGUAGCUUUUAAUUGCCAAAAAUGUUUGUUUAACACUCAGCAUACUCAUGGGGCAAAAAUAAUAUAACGUAUCAGACAUUUUUACGAUGUUGUUCAGACAUUACUGUAUUACUACCAUAAUAAUAUACAUCAAAAAAUUUCUCGAUUAUGAAUGGCUAAGAGGAAUGCAGUUUUUAGGUAACACGGUGCAGAAAAAAGGUAAUUGAGUGCAGAAAAAGGGUAAUUUAGUGCAGAAAAGAGUAACAAACGUGACAUUCUGAUUGGCUAAUAAACAAAGGAACUCACUGAGAGCCAAUCAAAUGCGCCAUCUAAAUGGCGCAAAAUUUGGAUCCGCUGACGGACCAGUUUCGAGCAAAAACCGCAAUGGUUGGCGUUUGCAGCACAUUUGCUUUUGCGACCGAAACAACUGUAGAGGAGCAGAAAAACUGCUCUAAAAACGGAAACACUGCAAAAAGCACUGGUUUUUGGCUCUCUCUUUGGAAGAAGUGGUGCGUAGGUAAGGAAAUUACUGAUGAAGUAGAAAAUUAUGAGCCGGCUGAGCUUAACACUUUGCUCGAGCAUUUCUACGCCGAAGUAAACAAUACAAACAAGGUGAAGAUUAUGAACCAGAAAGCCUUAAAGUAAUGAAGGCAUCGCUUGAUAGACACUUAAAGAACAAAGGCUGCACCCUGUCCAUUGUACGUGACUGAGAAUUUAGUUCGUCCAAAGAGGUGUUGGAGGAAAAAGCGAAACAGCUUCGCUUGGCUGGUCGUGGUAAGCGCCCAAACAAAGCUCGGCAAGUAUCAGAGAAGGAAGAAGAAAUUCUCUGGAAGAGCGGAAAACUCGAGGUAAUAACCCAGAAUCUCUAAUUCAAACACAUUGAACAAUUCCAUGAACUGUUCAGCCCGUUUCUGCAGCUUGCAAACUUUAAAAACAUCGAGCAAAAUGUUGUUUUGACUGCACGUGUGAUGAUAUUUGCAGCAUUUGAAUAAUUUAUUUUUGCACGUAGUUUACGCGGGUUGACUUCCUAUUAAAGAGAUUUUAAAGCCAUCUCGCAAUUUUUUCAUGAAUAUUAUUAAUAAGUAAUCACAUGAUUUUUCUCGUGCAAUUUGGGAUAAAUAAGCACUCGUAAAUUUUUUCAAAGACCACAAAUUGCACUCGCCCUACGGGCUCGUGCAAUUUUAUUAGCCUUUGAAAAAAUUUACUCGUGCUUAUUUUAUUCCAAAUUGCACUCGAAAUCAUGUGAUUACCUGUACAAACAAACUUUUGAACUUAGCGUUCCAUACUAUAAAAGCAUGGCCCCUCAAAAACAUGCUUGCAUUACUAUCUUCUUGGGGUGCACCUAUUUAAAACAGAGGGUUGUCUCAGGGACCAAGUAAGGGAUUGUAUAUUCCCUGGGCUGCCUGUGCUCGAAGACAAUGGAUUAAGGGUUUUGUUCAGGCACUACCAGAAAGAAGGCAAACAUCAGUGAGUAAGGAUUUCAGUAAAAAAUGUCUUCAGGUAGAGUACACACCCCCUGUCAAGUAUUAGUUAUUGAAAAGCCUGAGUGAUGAAAUCAACACACACUGCACUGUGGAAAGAUUUUAUUGGGAUUGCUCGCAAUGAUUACCAGCUUAAGUAAGUAAGUAGUAUGCUUGCAUAGUAACUGGGAAAUAUGGUGAUUUUUCCUUUUUACCUGGUGGUAGAUUUUAUUGUUAUAUUUAGAGAGAUUUAGGGUCAAGCUUAUGGCAAAUGGUAAACGUCAGAUUCAAGUUUAGAAUUUCUCAAAAUAGAAAAUAAGCAGAUAAAAACAGCUGGAAACAAUUGUUAUGGAUAAAACUGGUGUCCAACUACUAUCUUUUUUGUAGAGGUAAAGAACAGUAAUGACAAGUAAAGGGAAGACUUGAUUAGGUGGUACAAAUUCAUGUUUGCUGUUUACCAUAAACAUGACUCUUAAUCUCUGUGUUGUCUUUAAAUUUGUCCCCUUUUGCAGGUAUUUGUCAUUCAGAUCCCAGAGUUGUUGAAGCAUCAGUCAGAUCACUGAGAACACUAUACUAUUCUCAUCUCACUCCAUGUGCUCCAAUCUUUAAUGUAAGAAUGUCUCUUUAACCUUUUUGUCUCUCAGAAGUGGCCAAAAUCAAAAUUUGAAAAUUUUGCAGUUAUAGUAUCCUUAGUCUGAAUUUCAAAUCCUGUCAUUUUACACAAUGAGGAGGAAGCCAUGUCUUUGCUGAUAUGUGACUUUUUUUUUGCUUGUCUAUGUCACUGGCACGGUUUUAACCCUUCAGUUUCACUUGUCUUCAGUUGUGUCUUAAAAUUAUUGCUGGAAUUUUACAGCUGGGCCUUUAUCAUGUAUGUGAUACAGUGUGUGUGUUUAUUGUGGGUGACAAGAGGAGCCCUUCUGUUUUAUUAAUUGUCCCAUUUAUGUUCUGCCUUAAAAUCUUUGCUGAUAUUUUACAGCUGGGCCUCCAUCAUGUAUGCGAUACAGUGUAUGUGUUUAUUUUAGACUUAUAAAGAGUUACAUGUACAUCUACUGGUCGCAUAAGGUCAUCUAAGUUUCCAAAAAGCAACAUGGUACUAAGGAGGAACAAUUUUAUUAUAACGUAUUUGAAAGCUGUAGAAGGAUGGGAGAGUCCAGACCAUAAAAAGCUUCAUACAGGGGGAUCUUGACCAUCCCUACUCUAUUGAAAUUUUUGUAAUAAUAUUAUUGUUCCCCUCACCCUCCAGAACCCAAGCAUUGUUCCUCAGCUAGUUGAGCUGCUGUCAAGUUCUUUCUCUAAUGCUGAGUGUGCAGCUUCCAUUCUUUCCAAAUGUUGCCAGGUAGGCUAAUAAUGAAGGGGGAUGUGCCCUUCAUGCAAAAAGCUUUCUCAUUAGCGGUCUUGAAUAUCUUCCUAAAUGGCCACCACCCAUCCCUUUUUCUCUUUCUCUUGCAAGAAAGUUGAAAACCAUUGUUGUUCAGAUGAAAGUUCCACAUGAAAGUGGUAUCAAAGAGGUUUGAUUUGAAUAGUCACACCAUAGGAUUUUGUCCACAGACUGAAUUUACAACAUAAUAAACAGUACCACAGGAAAUUGCUGCUCAGUAGCUUUCAUUUGAAUGGUCACACUUCAGGAUUUCAUCCACAGAAUCAAAAGUUAGAACCACCUUGUACAGUGAAAUAAACAGUACCAAAGGAAAGUAAUGCUCAGUAGCUUUCAUUUGAAUAGUCACACUUCAGGAUUUCAUCCACAGAUUCAAAAUUUAGAAUUACCUUGUACAGAAUAAUAAACAGGACCACAGGAAAGUACUGCUCAGUAGCUUUCAUUUGAAUGGUCACACUUUAGGAUUUCAUCCACAGACUCAAAAGUUAGAACCACCUUGUACAGUGUAACAAACAGCACCACAGGACAGUACUGCUUAAUAGCUUUCAUUUGAAUGGUCACACUUCAGGAUUUCAUUCACAGACUCAAAAUUUAGAAUGACCUUGUACAGUAUAAUAAACAGGACCACAGGAAAGUACUGCUCAGUAGCUUUCAUUUGAAUGGUCACACUUAAGGAUUCCAUCCACAGACUCAAAAGUUAGAACCACCUUGUACAGCAUAAUAAACAGUACCACAGGAAAGUACUGCUCAGUAGCUUUCAUUUGAAUGGUCACACUUUAGGAUUUCAUCCACAGACUCAAAAGUUAGAACCACCUCGUACCGCAUAAUAAACAGUACCACAGGAAAGUACUGCUCAGUAGCUUUCAUUUGAAUGGUCACACUUUGGGAUUUCAUCCACAGACUCAAAAGUUAGAACCACCUUUCCACCCUUCACUCUGUUUAUUUUUAUUUAUUUAUUUGCCAGAAAAUCAAUAUAAAUUACAAAAAUGUUAGUUAAAGAUUAAAGCAACGUAAAUUGUAAGUAGAAGAAUUAAAAGUAUUUUUAUGACGAGGAAGCUCAAAUCGAAACCAUGGGGCUUAUUAUAUGAGCUUCCUCCCUAACCUAAGACUAAAUAUAAUGAAUAAAUAAGCGGUGAAAUUAUACUUAAAUAUAAUUAGGAUAAAAAGCAAGCGAAACAAAACAGACAAAAAGCAGCAAAAAACAACAUUAGGUAUAGUAUUAUAUACAAGACAGCUUAGUGGUGAAUCAGCAAAGAGAAAAUGUUUUCGAACUGGUAUUGAAAGGGUUCAGUAACAGUUUAAUUUGUUCUCUGUAGGGUCCUGCUCAUCAAGCUUUGUUGUGUAACAUGGGAGCAGUAAAUGCUCUGAUGCCGCUUCUUGUAUGCGACAUUCCCAAGAUACAGCAGCCAGCCUUACUAUGUUAUUCAGCUAUGUCAUUUCAAAAUGGUGCUGUGUCAUUAGCAAUGAAAUCAGGUAGGUUUUAUUUUUCAUUCAAAAUGAUUAUGUGAAUUGUUGUUCCACUUGAGUUUUGAACAGUUUAGCAUCAUCAUGGAAAAAUGGUCUGUUUCUACCUUGGUUCAAAUGACUUCAUAAAAUAUAAAGCACAACAGAAAAUUAUGCAACUAUCUUCUUCUAACACAGAAAAUUAUGCAAGUAUCUUCUUUGUUGUCAUCAUCACAUAAAAUCCUAUAGAAGUACAGUGAAACCUUGGAGCCAUGAAAUUCUGGUUUUAAUAACGAGAAGGUUUUUUAAUAUCUUCAAAGGUUUUCAUGAAAGAAAAUGACUGUCGUGAGUGUUUAUAAGUUUAAGUCAAAAUCAGACAUAGAACCAGGAAGUUCAGACAGAGGGAUCUGGGAGACUUGCCAGCUGUUGGGAUACAGCCUACUGGUAUUUGUUUAUUUGUUAAAGAACACAAUUUCAAAAAAAAAGAGAAGCUUAAGCCCCUUGUCCCCCGUUUUAAAUCUGCCAAUGAAAAUAGUGUGGUCAUAAUGAGUGGCCAUAUUUAACAAGUUUUGUGAUGUAGGGUUACAGUGUGGUAAGAAGCUGUACAAAGAAUGAAAAUUAAAGUGAUCAAUACAUGUUGUGCAUUCUCUUUUCUGCUACAAUUUUAAGUAGUAAUGUUGCAAAGAGUAAUUUGAUAACAAUCUUUCAUGAGGCUUCCAGGUGUACAAGGCAUAGGGUGACUACAGAUAACAAUUUCCUUUUUGUUCUUGUUAGCUUCUCACGAGGGUGAGAAUCUGAUUCAGAUUUUCACCAAGCUUCUCUCAAGAGACAGACCAGAUGAGAUUCAGCUGGGAGCUGCAAAAUGGUUAGUGUCGGCACCACAGUAAAUUCUUAUAAGGAGACCCUGUAGUCUUAGAUAAUAGCCGACAUUGCUCGGCGCCACUACUGGUCUUUUGCAAAAUGACGUCUGAGGAGCGACGGCAGAUAUUCAAUACUGAUGACGCGGCUCUACGAGGACUUGGCAGUGACAGGUCUUGUAAAUCAGGUGGCCAUUAUCACAUGCACACAGUAGGGACAAUAGGCCCUUUGCAGCUACUCUAGCCAUUUACGUGGCACAAAACUGCUGUUCUGGAGAGGAAAAGUUGCACUGGGACAAGAUAAAAAAAAGACAUACAUUAUUUUAAAUGGUAAUUUCCUUUGUUUAUCUUGUCCCAGUGCGACGUUUCUCCCCUGGGGUACUCCCAUACAUUACCUAUACGGGUAUGUGCCACCCAACGGGGUCGUGAUUUUGAAGCUCCUGAUUUAGAACGGGGUAUCCAUUUCAGAGGCGUUUUCUAGAACGGGGUAUAAUAUUUCGAACGCACGAAAGUCCCAGUUUUGUAAGCAACCAUUUGAAAUUAUUCAAGGACAGAUUGCUUUUAAAAAUACGGUUCAAUGCGUUAGCAAGCAAAGUGUUGUACUCUUUGCACCUUAGAACGGAGUAUAAAAAAUUGGCCCAUUUCUAGAACGGGGUAUCAGUUUUAGGGCGAAUUCUAGAACGGGGUAUCAAUUUUAGGGGAAAUUUUUUUUAGAAUGGGGUGCCAAUUUGGAUUCCCGGGCGGCACAUACCCACCCAAAAAAUACCCAUGUGCCCCCCCGGGCGUUUCUCUCCAGCAUGGCGGUUUUGCACCACGUGAAUGGCCAGCUGCAAAGGGCCGAUUCAAACAUCUCUUCACAGGUUACCCCUGCAAUUUACUUGCACAGGGUGCCCAUUAAGUGAGUGAAUUUUCUUUAAACAUUUUAUUUACAUCCAUAUUCAUUUUUCUUGUUAGGAAACCUGUAUUGAAUGAGUGUUGUUUUCAGAUAGCCUUUGACUUAUUGAUGGGAGAUUUUUCUCCAUAGGCUUGCCUCGUUGAAUAUGUCUUUUUAUUCUUCUGUCAACAGUUUAACAAACAUGCACAGAGCAGGAGCUAUCCCAGCCCUAGAAAAUCAUUCAUUGUUGAUAAAGGUUAGAAUCACUUCCAGUCUUGUUUCAUUCAUUAUCUUUUAUACACACAUUUUGUUCUUCCGUUUGAGAUGAAAUACAAAAUCAGACAAAAUUUUCCAGUUGGCUGAAGAAACUCGUGGCUUUAUUGCUCACUUUGGAAGUAGCCCGGGUCGCUGGCGGAAUUUGUUUUGCGCGUGUGAGAGUUUUGGCGGCGAAGCGGCCAUUCUAGCGGCUUUCUCUUCCAAAAGUUUCCUCGCGCGAACGAUCCCGCGGGCUACGCAGGCUAUUUGGGAGCAUACCCUUCACCACACUACCAUGAACCUGCCAGAUAUCCAGGCUACAAAAGGACUAAUCACUUUUUCUCUUGCCUGGGCUCCGUUUCUCGAAAGUUCUGGAAACGUUUCGGGCGUCGUUUCGGGCGUCGUUUCGGGCCUGAAAUCAAAUAUUUAAAUGAAAAUUUAGAGAAAAGCGCGGGUACUAUCUAACAAACCAGUCCAUUUUGUUUUUAUAGUUUCAUCAUAUUAGUGACCUUAAGCAAGGACGACGACGACGGCAGUGAAAACGUCGGUAAAAAAAAUGAAUUUGAGUUCUUUCAAACUUAAUCGCGUCUAUUUGGACCCGCUAAAUAUGUCAAAUGCGGGCGACUUUUCCUGGAGUUGAAUUCUUAAGGAUUUUAUUCAGGUUCAAAAAGAGGAAGGAAAAUUCGCCGUCGUAAGUUCUCGUUCUCCAUAAAACGGCAAAUUAGGAUGUUUCAGGUCUUAGUCGUGCAGUGGACAUCAAAGAAAUGAACUAAAAAGCGUGAUACACGUGCAGAGCUGUUGUUUUGAUCAUUAAACCUAUUGUUUUUUUGAAGUCGUCGUUGUGGUCGUCGUCGUUGUUGCUUAAGCUCCCUAAUAUCUGCCAAACUAUUCAAACGUCCAUCUUGGAUGCAAACACUAAAACAACAGCUGCUCUCUGGGCCCGUUAAAUAUGGGGACUUUGGAGAAACUGGCCCCUCUCUUGUCAUUUAAUCACCAAAAUGCCAACAACACUUUGUGCAUCUUUUCCAGGUUCUUGCUACGUGCGUGAGAAUGUGUAAAUGGGACAAAGCUCUCACAGUCAGAGCAGAAGCAGCGGAGACAUUAGGUGAGGAGUAGUCACUAGAAUUAUAAGAAAACAAGACGCUGUGAUUAGUACACAAAAAUAGAGAGCUUAAGCAUCAUGUUUAUGUCAAACCGCAAACGCGAAUUUGUACCACGUGACCAAGUUUCCCCUUUGCUUGUCGCCUACUGUUCAUUAUUUCUACGCAUAACUUAGUCGUUUCACGUAAUUUUUUAUCCAUAAGAAUUUUUUGAGCUAUUUUUAUCUGCUCAUUUUCUAAUUUGAGAAAUUCUCAACUUGAAUCUGACGUUUGUCGUAUACGUGAAGCUUGAACUCUUUAAUAUCACACCAUAGAUUCCAAGUGACAAAACUGUUACUAUUUGUAAUUGAAUAUUUCACACAGAGCCUUUACUUUGUAGGUUACAAUGUCCAAAACACUCCACCCCCCUCAAACGUGAAUUGAUACGUUUUGAGAAAGUCUAGGCUAGUGACAGGCGCACGGUUGGAACUUGAAUGAAAUCAGGGUUUGGAUGACCGACCUUCCCCCUUAACCUCCCCCCUCCCCACUCCCCCUUAUCUGAAGGUCUGAAUCCGCCACUGACACUAUGAAUGAACAAUAAAUGAAGAACAGUCUUUCACUAGAUUCAAAAUUCAAGCAAAGCAUGGUAGUACUGUUCGCUGUUUCUGGUACACGUACAUAAAUGGUCUUUAAUACUUAAACAUGACCGUUAAAAUUACUUUCGUAACUCAUAUGCCUUGUCAGUUACAAGUUACGGAGGUCUCAUUUUGCGUGGCUCCUCCUAAAAUGUUCUGUUCUUGUUUUGGUCUAGGAUUUAAUGUAGCCGAAACCAAUUUUGGAAAUGAAAACCUUUUAGGAUACAUACUGAUGAACAGUUACGAUUAAAAGAUAUUUCCAGCAACAACAAUUAGGCGUCUUUCCCCACCCCCCAGUUUGAAUUUUGUAACUGAACUCUUGCUUGGCAUCGUUUUUAUUUAGGAAUUCAGAAGAUAACGUACAUGUACACAUUUUUUUCAACUAUGAGUCCGUACAAUCGUGGUUGCAUGUUUUUCCUUUCAGCCUUUCUUAUUGAAGAAGAUACAGAACUUCAAAGGACGGCGGCCAUUUCCGAUCACUUAAUAAAAACACUGACAGGCUUUUUGGUGAAAAAUGACCUGGAUGACAGCUCCUAUGCUCUCAUGAGAGAGGUCAGUACCUUGAAAUAUAAGGGAGGGGAGGGUGGGAAUGUUAAGUGCAGUUCUAGACCUAGGAAUGUGAUCGUGAAUUGACUGACUGACUGACUACCAGUACCACCCUGGCCAUACUAGAAAAAUGACACCCCUCCCCUCCCCAUUACUUGUUUCAGAUUUGUCUCCCUUUGAUUGCAUAUACCUUAAUACCGAGGAACAGCUCUUUCUCUGUUACUGUCACUUCCAGAUAUCUCUAUCUCCACGUGCGUUAUGAGGUUUUUGUAUGUGCCUUACAUAACUGCCAACCAUUUUUGAUCCUUCACAUGGAUUAUUAUUAUUUUUUUUGCGUUGGAUCGAGCUUAGUCAGUUUUAAUUAUUUUCCGCCAGACGAAAGACAUUAGUUCGCAGUGCGAUCAAACUUUUCGAUCCUAGGUUGUCUGUUCUUUUAAACGAUUACACUUAAAAUUAUUACCUCUUUAAAUUAAAAUUUAUUAUCUUAAUUACCGCUUUCUAAGUUCGAUGGAUGAUACAGAUAUUUAACAUAUGACAAUUUAGCGAAAGUCAAGUUUGAGUGCAAUGACGAAAAAGCUUAAUAAUCAGUCGCGGGACUUAUUGUUCCCCACAUUUUGCCGCAACUUUCUCACUCGGUCGCUUACUCGAAGAAUAACGGGAACUUCUCCUUGCAAGAGAUGGCGGAACUAAGGCAAUUGCUCCAAAGUGCUUAAAACAAACAAUGGAACUGAUUACUGUGCUCUUUUUGUUUUAAUUAGAGUGCUUUUAAGGCCCUGGCGUCUGUUGGAGCGAAUGAUGAAGAUAUCCGAAAAAAGGUAAGACCACCCCUACCUUGUACUGUUCUGGCAGUGUGAUUUUGCAGAACGCCGAAUGACUCUAAAGUUUGGUGAUUAGGAUUAGGAAACUGAGUGAAUCAAGUUCGAGGCCAGUUUUCCUAGUAAUAUGUAGAUUUAGCCAAGGCUAAAAGCGAAGCUCUCGAUAAUAUUUAUAGUUUGCUCAAACAAAAGAUAAAAUCCGGUAAUGCCAAGCGGCGAAGGCAACACCGGAGAACGGUGAAAAACAACAAUAGGUCUAAUUAGCAAGAAAAACAACUUUGCACGUGCAGCACACUUUUUUUGUACAUUUCUUUGCCGUUGUUUUACACGACUACAAUGUGAAACUUCCAGAAACUUCUUAGGGCCUGGGGCCCGUUUCUCGAAAGUCCCGGUAACUUUACGGGCCCGAAAUCAAAUAUUCAAAUCGAAAUAUAAGGAAUAAGAGCGGGGUCCAGAAACUUCCAUUUUGUUUUUGUCGUGUUAUAUGCAAAACGCGUUUUAUGGAAACGAAAACGUCCGUUAAUUACGUGUUCUCCCAGCCCUGUUCACUUUUUUGGGUUUGGUUUCUUUUGUUUUCACGCCGGGGACAUUUUCAAAAGAAACCUUGCAUUGGUGGCCGUUACGCGUUUUAUGGAAAAAUGUCAUUUCACUGCGUUUUUCACCUCACCACCUCAUUUUGUCACAAAAUUUUCAUGUUGUUCUUCCAACAAAAAAAUGUCGCCUUUUUAUCUUUUAUCUUUUAUCUUCUUUUAUCUUUAUCUUUUUAUUUUUAUUUUUUGUUCUAGAUCUUCGCUUUUUUCUCGUUGCCGCGUAGUUUCUCUUUUUCUCUGUCUUUCUCCUGCUCUAUAUUCCGAAUUUGUGGACAUGACAAUUAAUCUAAGCUGCAUACUUUGGGCAACACGGAUACAGAAACAAUUUCCGCUUUCCUUUCUCGUCUUUAUUGACUCUUUAGUUGUCUGUGCUUUACAAGACGCCUGUGGCCAUGCGAUUUCCCGCCAAAAUAACGUCGAGUUGCAUUUGGGUUGCCAUACCUGUUGACUGAGUUAUUUUACAUUGGUAUGCCUGUGGUGCGGACAGGUAGUCGCUCGGGCUGUCGGUCGGUGUACGGUCACGUGAUUAUCAAAUUUUCUCGGAUGGGUAGAUUACUUCAUUUUCUUACCCAUGGUGCUCCGCUGGCGUGCUUCGCGCGCGAGAGCUCCGCUAUAAUGAACCUAAAUGGAACCUGAUUCACUCAGUUUCCUAACCCUAAUCACUGAACUUUAGAGUCAUUCAGCCGAAUAACUCUUUAGUUUAGUGAUUAGGGUUAGGAACUGAGUGAAUCAAGUUUCAGGUCCGUUUUUUAAUCACCCUAAAUGGAACCUGAUUCACUCAGUUUCCUAUUCCUCACUUAAACUCAGCGUCAUUCAGCUUUCUGCAAAAUAGGGUCGUUAAGAUCCGACGACGGCGACGGCAACGGGAACGCCACAAAAGCAAUGAGUUCAAUUAGUAAAACAACUAUUUGGCACGUGCAUCACGCAUUUUUGUACAUUUCUUUGCCGUCACUGAACGACUACGACGUGAAAAUGCCUAAUUUCCCGAUGUACAGAGGAAGUACAGAAGCGGCGACGAAAUUUCCUCUCUCUUUCUGAGCUUGAGUAUGGUUCUUAGGAAUUCAACUUUAAGAGGGCUCGCCUACAUUUGACAAAGUUAGUGACUUGGAGUAAUCGCUAUGAAGAUUGAAAGAACGCGAAUUCACUUUUUUAGCGACGUUUUCUCCGCCGUCACCGUCCUCGGAUCUUAAGGUCCCUAAUAUCCCUGCCGGUACUGUUCGCCUGUAAUGACACUUAUAUUGAUACAUCUCUGUCCAAAUUUCAGUGUUCCUACCAUUCAGAAACGUUUCCUUCAAAUGUUUUAUUUGCUUCUUGACGAUGAUUACAUUCAGUGUUCAUAUGACUGACGGGUCUUGUGGGUUUCAUGGGCGAGCAAGUUGUCUCAGAAUUCCAGAAGCCCUAACUUUAAAUUGAUGCUGAGAAAAUGAGUUUUAUUUACAUAAAAAAUGGAAAAAUAUUAAUAAUAAUUUUUUUAUUAAAGGCUCUGCACCUAGGUUUCGCGGAAAUGACUGAAGAUCCGCCAGGCCCUAUACAAGUCGUUCCUAAAGAGGAUUAGAUUAUUAAGUAUUGCAUCAUGCAUCUUUAGGGGAGCAAGGGUGGCGCAGUGGUGAGAGCACUCGCCUCCCACCAAUGUGGCCCGGGUUCAAAUCCCGGCGUCGACGCCAUAUGUGGGUUGAGUUUGUUGUUGGUUCUCUCCUUUGCUCCGAGAGGGUUUUCUCCGGGUACUCCGGUCCUCCCCUCUGCUCAAAAACCAACAUUUCCAAAUUCCAAUUCGACCAGGAAUCAGGUAGACGAAGAACCACUAUGUGGAUGUGCUACCUGCAAAUCGUUAUUUAUUUAUUUAUUUAUUUUAUUUUAUUUUUGUUUAUCCAUCCCAGCAUCACCUGCAACUUUUACUUUGCCAUUGUUUGCCGCAAAAUUUACCCGACAAGACUUAAAUCGAAUCCUAUAGGGCUUAGCUCGACUUAUAGCUCAACUAGUGUCUAAAAGAAAAACGUUGAAUGGUGUUCUGUUUCCGUGGAGAGCGAACCACUACUUUUUAUUUUUAUCAAAUACGUUAAUUGGUGAAGUAAUGAGUUUUAGAACGCAGCUUACGUUACGAGUUGUCUUUGCUAAUAAACAUGAAGUGGCAUCUUUGAGAGACAAAAGGUUUUUCCAUUACCUUAGUCCUGUCCCUCCCCCCUCCUCUUCAUCCCACAUCUGCAAAUUACCGAUUGAGUCCAAUAGUAGCCUAAGUUAUUUCCUGGGAGGCCGCUGACUGUUGUGUGGUCUUUCCUUGUAGAUAAUAGAGAUUGAGUGUACAAUGGAUCACGUGGUAUCAGGACUGGAGGAUCCCAGUACUAACGUCAAAUUAGCUGCUGUGAAGUGUCUCCACAGUCUGUCCCGCUCUGUACAGCAGCUUAGAACAAGCUUCCAGGACACAGCAGUUUGGAAACCGAUCAUGAAGCUCCUACAGGAUGCUUCCGAUAACAUGUUAACUGUGGCAUCUUCAGCGCUUUGCAAUCUCCUGUUAGAAUUCUCUCCAAGCAAAGAGGUAAUCGAAGUACGAAUCUGUCGAUCUAACCGCGUGAAACUUUUGAUGUAUAGGUUAUUUUAAGUAACUCUUCUUAAGCUGCCUCUUCACCUUCAUUUCAUACUGAAAGCAGAAACUCGAUGCAAUAGUUAAAUAAUUAAUCUGCACGUCACGUGUGCCUAUGUUUUCGUGGUUCUGCCGUUCAGCCGUUUUCGUGGCAGCCGUGCGGAACCGAUUCGUGUUUUCCCGCGCUUAGCAAGGUGUACUUGUUUUCCCACGCUUAGCAUCUCGUUGAUGUUUUCCCGCGCCUGGCACCCGGUUCAUGUUUUCCCGCGCUUGGCUUCUGGUUCAUGUUUUCCCGCGCUUGGCAGCUGGUUCAUGUUUUCCUGCGCUUAGCAACAAACACAUGCUUUCCUAAUUCCCACACGGCAUAUAAGGGUUAUUUGGCAGCCCGGGCUACUUACAAUUCACCUCAAACAUUCAGUUGGUACAAAAGUUUUUUUUCCAGGGCAAUAUUCUUGGCUUUUUGGAACGGCUGUGAAAUCCAAAUGUUUUGGAUAUGGUGGGUAAAAUUUCCAGCUGGUAUUUCCCAAACUUUGUUUUCAGUCCUGUUUUUUUUUUCUCUAUGUUUGCGCGCGCCUUGUAACCAAUCAUGUUACACUCUUGUUUCUCUUGUUUUUGUUCAACUCUUUUUCUCUGUUUUUUUUUUUUGAUAGCCCUUGUAUAUCUUGUCUUAACAACAGCCAUCUUGUGUUUUGAUUUCAAUGACGUUUUUCUCCCAAUUUAGCCCAUAUUAGAGGCUGGCGCUGUAAAUUUACUCUCAAAUCUAACCCGACGUCAAGAAACUUCUCUUCGUCUCAAUGGAGUCUGGGCGUUGAUGGUAGGUAUUGCAAAUGGUUGCCUUAGAGUUCGGAUUGUAAAUAUUAUUAAAUCUUAAUGGCUUGAUAGCUUUCAAGAGUACAAAGCCAAGGCGUCUUUUUUUCUACAAAGCUAUUCCAAUCAACCUUUCCUAAGUCACAGACGUGAGACCUCCAUUUAGGAAAUUGCUUGAACGUUUUCGCGAGCGUGCUAGGGUUCCCUUGAGUUCGCGUGUGAUCGAAAUGUUCGUCCUGAAUUCAAGAGAAUCAUUAAGGGCUUAAGUGCAUGAAAAAAAAAAAAAUGAAUAACCCGUUUGGUGUUUGGUUUUGAAAGCAUAUAAGGAGUAUAAUGAUACUUUUCCCUGGACGGAACGUCAGCACCCCGAAAACAGUGUAUCGGCGGCAGCCAUAACAAACAACCAUGAAUUUUGUUCUUCUGUUUCUACAAUAAUACUUUAAAGCGUUUUUUUAGUUUCAGCUUGAUGUGAAAAUUAAGCUCAGUGAUGAACAAGGAGUACAAUAAAAUAGAGACUUCUAUCCUAAUUUAGCUUUAGAAAAUCUCGAACAAGAAACAUCCACAUUUUUGUUUUUUUGAAGAACAUGGCGUAUCAGGCAGAUGACGUCACCAAAAACAAAAUUUUAGAGGUUUUGGGACCAGACCAGCUGUUCAAGUAAGGAGCUUAUUUCCUACACUUGUAGCCUGCGUGGCAGGCGCAAAAAGGGAAGGGGAAGGGGAGGGGACGGAGAGAAAAGCGCGAAAGGUAAAAGAGUCCUUUACCCUCCCCACCCCAUCCUUUUUUCUCUUCAUCCCAAUAUCCUCUUCCCCUUUCGACGCCUGCUACGCAGGCUAUACACUUGAAAAUUCCUUUGUUUAGUAUCCGUAAAAAAAAUAUCUCAUUAAUUCCUGAAAACAAACACUAUUUAGGAAAUCAAUGCAAGAGAUUUUUUCUCAUGUGAAUGGCCACACUAACAAAUUGUAGUAAAGCUUCCUUUUCUUGAUGGUUUCGUGGGCUAUUUUGAAAAGGGGCGGCAACGAUAUUUUGCUCUAAAGUUUUAGUGGAGAAUUACUCCAUAUGAACAUAUGGAGCCCUCGAAUUAAUCGAGUUAAUCUGGAGGCCCCAAAGUCAAUCUCCGCCCUGACUGCUACCUGGAUUCUUACAUAACAUGUAGUCGAUAGUCCAACUUCAACUUCUCGGCCUUGGUUGUUAAUAGCCAGUUGGAAUUCUUAACCUCAUGCGGGGUUGUUACUAAGAUUUCAAGUUGCCAGGUAAAUACAACAAGUAGGCGGAGAAUCAAACAGCUAGGGAUUUCUUUUGGUUCUAUUUUUCUGCUGUUUUGCGAUGAACGUAGCCGGGGGCCUCGUUCAUAGUAGCCUGGGGAAAUCCUCGGACCCUGCCUUUUAAUGACAGCCCUGCUCAUGGGCGACAAUGCAAACUACUGGUUUACCAGUAAUUGUGUUAUCCCUAUAAAGUCAGUUUUUUAUACGGUUAAAAAAUGUACUGUUGCUUGGUACACAAAUAUGGGAAGCUCAUGAUAAUAAUCUGCCAUAUUUUUGCUUUUCUAACAGCCUUCUCGAUGAUCCCGACACUCAAGUGACGAUGAAAACAUUGGGACUCAUGAGGAAUCUUUUAUCAGGAAGAGAGGUAUUGCUUUUAUUUGGUAUCCCCUGGGGCUCCCCGUGGUACGGUAGUGGGGGAGGGAAGUUUGCUUUUCUCUCUAGAAAGGUUACAUAUUCGUCAUGAAAGAUAUUAUUCAUCCUGACAUGUUUAUCAUGGUAGGCUCUUUUAUCGUUAAAGAACGAGGUGUAAUGAUACAAGACGUGGGAGUUCUUGUCUCGGGUCAUGACUAAAGGAACUAGGUAUCUUUCAUGAGUAGGGUGCUUGUCUCUGGUCAUGACUUAAAUAACGAGACAUUCACAACUAGACUUCCGGUAACUCCAGCGGACUGUAGUUGUUGACAACUGAAAUCUAGUGAAGUAUAUUGGACAUUUUUUCUAGUGACAUGCGAUGGUGUUGAAAUGCGCACAUGCACAAGCAACUUUUAACUUCUGUGUUUCUAAAAGUUCCGCUCAGUAAAUCGGCACCAUUGCCUGAUCAAGACCAGCAAUACUCGGUCGAAACGUCGCUAUCAACGCCUCAGUGACUAUCGUGCGACAAACGAUAAACGAACCCAAGCUCUUGCUUAACCCUUUAACCGCCCUAAGAGUGAUGAGCGUCAAAUUUCUCCUCGUAAUAUCACUGCUUUAUAAAACAGAGUGGUCAUGAGAAUUAAGGACAUGAUCACACAAGAUGAAUCUAAUUGAUACUUCAACAAAUUCUCCCCACUUCUUCUAUUGAAAACGUAUAGGAAUAACAAAUGAGAAUUUGAAUUUUGAUGUUAGGGUUUAAAGGGUUAAAUGGACACCCUUGGGAUCAGAAAAGGCCUCCUAUUAAUAGAGGUGUAUGUAAAGUGGCGGAUCCAGGGGAGGGGCCCGGGGGGCCCCGCCCCGCCCCUUAUUUUUGGACCAAACUGAGGCCCGAAGAGCCGAAAAAAUUUUUUGGGGAGCACCGGGCCCCCGUUAUCUCAGGGUCUGGAUGACCGCCCCCGCCUUUUAUCUGAAGGUCUGGAUUUUCUAGUGAUGUAUGUGGCUGGGACAAUGAUUAAGUGUCCGCCUACUGCAGGUUUCAUUGUAAUAUUUAAUGAUAAUAAUAAUAUAUAUUGAUUUGUAUUGCGCAAAUAUCAACCAGGAAAAAAAAAAUUCAUCUGCGCAUUACAUUGACUCAACCAAAUCGUAAAAUCCUAGUACAUAAUAAUUCCAAUUCAAAAAAUUCUAAAAACAAUAACUAAUCAAUCUUUAAAGUCCUAUUUACAAAUCGCACCUAAUAAUUUAUUAAAAAUAGUAAGUCUAAGAUUCUAAAAACAAUGACUAGUUAUUCUAAAAUCCUAUUUACAAAUCCUUCUUUAUAAAACAAUGAAAACAAUAAAGUAGCUGGGAAACGCCAUCUGAAAUAAAUGAGUUUUGAGAGCCUUUUUAAAGGCAUUAAAGGGGCUGUGUCACGGCAGUCCAGUUCAUUUUGUUUAAUUUUACCACUCAAUCGCUAUGGAACUUAAAGUAAGCAAAGAAAUUACUUGUAAAUGACACAAGCAGAGAUUCGAGACAAACAAAUGUGUCUCCUGAGCAUUAUUUUUGCAAACAGCAGAGAUCAACUUUGAAAAACUGUUAGGCUGAACAGUUUUCAAAAACCCUAAUAUCAAUCCGUUUCAAUCUUCUUCAGCUUUGCCCAUCCGUGGCAUCUGUUGUCUCUGUUGUGUUAUUUUAACCUUCCUUUAAUGAUUGAAGCGGUUAUUUUUGCGUUUCUCUUAAUUUAACGGGCAUUUUGUAAUUACCUAAUUUGGCUGAAUUUCGUGACACUGCUCCUUUAACUGAAGAUUUAUUUCUAGUAAUAAGGGGAAGAUCGUUCCAUAAUUUGGGGGCAGCCAUAUAAAAAGAUCGAUCACCAAGUGUGGAAAGAGACUUGCAUGAUGGAAUGUUAAGAAGUUUGCCGUCAUUUGAUCUUAGAUAGCACUAGUGUCUUUCAAAGAUACAAGUUCGGAAGUGUAAGUCGGAACAAUUGUAUUCGUUAUCGGUGGCUUGAUUGUAUGUUUGCCUCGUGCGUCACCCAAGAAACACAGGAAUCUUACACGUCAAGAACAACCUCUACCAUGUCACUCGGCUGGUAUGCUUUAUUAUUGAACACUCUCUCUGAGGAGCAUUCCAAACCUUUAUUACGGCAGGCACUCGACAGGUUUUUGUGACUGGGCUCCCCGUGCGAUCUUUGAGGUAGCGCGUAAAACAAUUUGUUCCAGAACCAUUUGUUGCUGAUGCUCAGAUAGGUGUUUGUGCGCAUGUACAGCUUCAUUUCGUCAUCCAGGUCGUCCAUUAUGACGUCAUCAAACAGUAUGAUGAUCAGGUAGUUUGUGCGUUCUUCUAGAACUUUCUGAUGAGCGGCGCGAAACUCGAGCAAGCACCACUCGCUCCUGAUGAAGUUUUGAGAGAGCACCAUGAGCAUGCGCUUACUUUGGUUAACACUGUUCAUGAUGUUUUCCUGUAUGGGCGCACCUGCAAGAAAAUCGCGAUCGUGGAUGCACAACUUGUAUGGAGGGUCAUGGGUUUCUAAUCGCUCUUGCAGCGUGUUUACAACCCACUCCCAAUCCGCACCGCUGUAAGAGACAAACGCGUCGUAUAUCUUAGUGGGAUCCGAGUCAUCUAUACGGUCGAACGGGUGCCAGUUGAAGUGGGUGUAUAUGAAGACUUUUACUUCGCCGCGGUACUUAUACGCUAAGAUAAAAACGACGGCACACACAACCAGAAAGCAGCCAAAAGUGAAAGCGAUUAUUUUAAAAGUCUUUUCUUUUAUUGUGGUGUGUGUGUUGUUGGAGACUUGCUUUUCUUCUUUGCAGACAAACGCCUCAUCCGGAAGAGUGUAUAUCGCUCGUCCCUGAGCGUUCUCUGAAUUACAGAGUACGUUUUCGAUGUUUUGUAUGUGCGCCUUUUUUCGUAUUAGCCAUUUCUUCAUCCAUUUUGCUCUGCAGUCGCACUUGAAGAAAUUGUGGUGCAGUGCAAGAGUUGUAAAGGUGAUAUUUUCAAUGUUCCUUGGCAAAACAGUCAGUUUAUUUGAAUCGAGAAAGAUAAUUUUAAUCCGGCGAAGCAUGCUCACUGUUGACGCGUUCAACAGUUCAAUUUUAUUAUGCGUCAAGUGUAAGGCCGUCACAUUUUCCAUAUAAGGAUACGGUGGAAUCCUCCGAAUUUUGUUGUUUUGUAACUGGAGCUCUAUCGGACCGCAUGGCACUUUGUGGGGCAUGGUGACGAGAUUCCUUCCUUUACAAUCAACUAUCACCUUUCUAUCCAAUGAACGAACGAAACACAGACAUUUUUCAGGGCAGUUUUCAAAAUCCUUCCGACUUUUAAACUGAUCUUCUUCAACCAGUAAGAUUGGUUUGUCUCUCAGUUCAAUUGGAGUCGCACAUUUCCAAGUUAAAAACUGUUCUUUUUUCACACGCUCGUCUUUUUGUAUCAGUUUCCGAAUCCAUCGAACGAGAAAAAAGAUUUUGCAGUCGCAGUGAAGGGGAUUCCCUGUCAUGUCGAUUUCGUAAACCUGUAGAAGUAGCUCGAACAAAGCAUGCUUUGUCUCGUUAAAUUCAUUGAUGUUUAUAGUGGUGAAAUUAUUGUUUGCUAAGCUGAUGUGCUUUAAACUCUCUUGUAACUUCAACUGAGGGGAACUGGCCGUUUUGCGAUGUUGGAACACAAAUGUGUUCAAGUCUAAUUUUUGUAGAACGUUGUCAAGGUCUUUAAAACUGAUCAGAUUUGACGACAAAUCAAUUUUGUUAGCCUUCCGCUGCAGUAAGAGUGACUUUGGUAGGCGAGUUAUUUUGUUGUUUUGUAGGUAAAUUUCGCGCAACGAGCUUGAAGCCAAAGCAAAAGCUUCGUCAUCAACUUGAGUGAUGUGGUUGUAUUCUAAAUGCAGAACUUCAAGGCUGUUUAGCUCGUGGAAUAAUUCCUCUCGAAUAGUGCCAAGUCUGUUAUGGUCCAAAUCAAUCCUUUUGAUCUGUCCCUGACUUUUAAAAAGUUCCUCGGGUAGUUCUGAAAUGUUGUUGUGAUCAAGUCGCAACUCCAGCAGUUCGUCAAGUCCUUGAAACAGCUGUUCCGGCAGUGUUGUUAAGCUAUUAGUGCUGAGAUCUAUCACAUGAAUCCCCUUCAAGCUGCGAAAACACGACGGCCCAACAACCCUUAAUCCAUUUCCUUCGAGGCUCAGUCUGUGCAGAAACCCAGAAAAUUCAUGCGUUGAUAAAUCUUCGAUGUUGUUGAACGCUAGAUCGAAAAAGCGUCGGUAAAUCCUCGAAUGCACGACAGUACCGUAUUGGUAGUGGUGAUUUCCAGUUUGAGUUCUUCGCAAUCCUCGUGGUAGCUGGAGGGUUGAGUUGCACCAAGGAAACACCGGUGGUUUGGUCAAGUUGUUGUGCGACAGCUCCAGUGAUUGAAGAAAGGGCAUCGUUAUUCUGAGCUCUGGUGGAAUUGAGCUGAGUUGUAAAUUGUAAAAUUGUACCUCCGCCAUUCUUGGCCAGACAUAGUUCUUAAAUACGCUGGGAAAUGUUUGUGGCUUAGAUUUAUAAAACGUAAGCGUGCCAAGAUUUUCUGCCCCUCCAAGAGAUUUAUUCGCAGGCUUUGGGUUGUUAUCUUCAAGCAAAGUGGCGUUUUCCAACAUGUAAAAUACUCGAAAGUCCGUAGCGUCUCCCCACCGAGAAAGUUCCUCGGUCGACAAACUGCAAUGUCCUCGCAUUUGCAUGUAAAGUAUAGCGUGUUUCUUUGUCACGUUUUGCGAAUUAACGAAAGCAAUAGUCGUCGGAUAAUAACAAAAAGCUCCAACGUACAACACGACGUCUUGAUCCGUCGUCAGUGUUUCCAGUAUUAAAGUCAUGUUAAUAACACAUUUGUCACGAAUCUUUUCUGGCCUAAAGAGGCACGCAACCACAUGAGUAGGAACUGAUCCGUUGACUGUUUCAAAGAAAGGCAGAGAAGGCUUUGUCAUACAUAUCGAUCCACCACAGUUUUUUAAAGGUAUGAUACCGUUUUUGUUCGCUUGGACCUCAACGAGUACCAAAAUGGCAAGAAAAAGCGUGAAGCCUUUCAUUUCCAUUGUACGCAUUGUGGUCAUCGUUGUAAUGCUCAAUCGAUGCUCAAUCCUUUCUCAAAUACGGAAUGGAUUAUCGUCUCGGAUUCCUUUAAUGCGGCGGAAACAAUUGUCUUCCGGGUAUCUGUAAGCUGCCAAAAAUAGCUGGCAAAAGCAAUAGCUUACAAAACACUAGUCGUAUUAUUUUUCUAAAGGUAAGGCUUUGACUUUUCGCACCUUUUCUGACGUAGUCUGUAUAAAAACUCGCUGCAAGCAUUUUUCCGGGUUGGUGUUUAGUUAAAUCUUGUUGUGAUCAAGUCCAAGCAGUUCGUCAGGUCCUUGAAGCAGUCAAAAAUAACUCGUUGAACUGAAAAUAAUAUCUGGCAAACUUUGUGUUGUUUCUAAAAAAAGGUCCGACCCUUGAGCUUGUCUCACGCAUGACGUAGUGUUGUUUCAGCGCGUUGAAGCGAAGUAUGUCACGCUUUGAGUAUUGCAUGUUUACUUUCAGUCUGUCGCAUUUUAUCAACCACAUCAGACUGGAUAUUCUCCAAAAAGUUUUCUUUGUUGUUACAGGCAAGAUUCGUCUUACUUGUUGAUCGCUUUCGUCAUCCUCAAAUCCUUAAGGAGAAAUUUGACAAGUCACUGGUAGAAAUAAAGGGGUUAGCUUUCUUUGUAUGGUAAAUAAAGCUAUUCUAGUGAGUAAUGAUUUGUUUGCCAAAGUCUGUGCGCAUUGCGCAGCUCUAAAUGUAUGUGUAAUUUGUAAAUGCGUGUGAGUGUAGUAACUAUGUUUAUACUACUACAUAAGAAAUUUCUGCAAUUUGAUUGGCUUAGAGCGGUGGUAUUUCAGUUUACUUUGAAAUACCUACAUGUGAAAAUUACAAAACCUUUGCGGGUAGUAGUAUAAACAAAUAACAGCAUGAUUUUUACGUGAUAUUUGGCAUAAAUACCACUCGUGAUAUUUCAAAAUUGUCUCAAAAUUUCACUCGCCUAACGGCUCCUGAAAUUACGUAUAACAAUUUCGAAAUAUCACUCGCGUUAUUUAUGCCAUAUAUAUCUACAAAUCAUGCUAUUACCUAUACUAAUAUGUCCAAACUCAAUUUGUAUGUCCAUUGUAUGGGCUCUUGUUUUUCUACAUGUUUAUGAGUUGCUGUUAGUCGCAGCACGUAAACAUCUCAACGGCAGUAGUAUUGACAUAGUUGAGCGAUUUCGCGGAUAUUUAAUCCUUUCAAUCCCUCCAAAAAAAGCCUCCCAAUCAAUUUUUCAAAAUCUUUUUUUUGUGUGUGUGAAAUCCUAAGAAAUAGGUAGUACCAUUAAACAGUUUUCAUUUGAAUGGUAACGUCAUAGGAUUUCGUCAGUCACAGAUUUAAAAGUGGUUUACGAGUAAACGGGUCGUUUAUCAGUUCUCAUAAAUUAUACAAAGCUUGGUGGGCGCUACAGAGAAAGAGAGAAUGGAUUAUCGUGUUUUCUUAUUAUAGAAUCACAAUUGCUUAAAGGGGGAUUCCCCUUCAAUAGACGUAAACGUGCUUUAUAUAGCCAUGUUUGGUAUGCGGCAUGUCUGUUUACUGAAUAAGGGGUUGGCUCAUUAAUAAAUUCCUUUACUGCUAUUUGUGUUACGAUAUUGGAGUGAAUUUUGUCCGUUUUGUGCUAAAUGUAACGCCGUCCUGUAAAAUUUUGGGCCUUCUUAUAUUGGGUAACUUGUAAAUAUGUCUUGAUCUAAUUAAUAUAAAAUAAUAAAUACAAAAUUGAAUAGCUGCCCCUUGACUAAGUUCUGAUAGGGUGGAGGAAUGGAAUAGUUAGUAGACUGGGCCGGAAGUACCUAGUCAGUCAUUCAAAAAACACUUGAUAACACUUGAUAUUUAUUCAGAUUAGUAGCCAUACAAACUGGCUACGGAGGCGGAGCUAAGAGAAACAUACAAUUAUAGAGAGGAAAACAUAACGUGCUUACCAUUUGAUAGAAAAUUUCGGAAUUUCCGGAUGGAAGGUAAAUGGUAGGGUCACUUUUCGGCAAUUUUAACCGAAAAUUGAGGAGUGCGUUUUGAGGUAGUCCGUUCAUUCCGGUUGGUACGAAUCAAGCGGAAUGUUGCUUAUCAUUUACCAGUUUCUCUGUUCCCUCUCGGUUCCAGACUCAGGCUAGACUAAUUCGCCCCUUUUUUGGAUUCAAACCGUAUUCUGCGGUAAACCAGUAAAUCGCUUACCAUUAACCUUUUGACAGACACCCCAACCGAAUUUUCCUGUCAAAUUGUAAGCACCCAUAGUCUCCUUUGCAGCCGUUUUAAUUGUGUUUACGUAACGCUAUACAAAAAAGAGGGGAAUGGUAACCAGCCUUGCGUGUCGACACAAAAAACGGCUGCAAAGGGAAACUAACUGUUUUGAGUGUGCUAUCCUAUUUUUAAUUUCAACUACGCUAUUGCGAGGAAGUCGUUCACAACAGUCCCGUAACAGAGACCUUUAGAUUCGAGGACGAGAACCACUACGAGUUCUAGAUUUGAUUUAUAGUUUUUUCGCGUCUUGUCAAAAAAGAGACACCCCGGAAUUCUUCAUUGUACUUUUUUUCACCAGAAAAGUUAGCGCUGUUAUCGUUAUUGAAGAAGAUUGAGCCCUCUCCCGAUUGCAAAAUGCUGAAACUUCUAAUAUUUGAUAACUUGUUCCCGCCACUACGACACUCGUGCUAAAACUCGUAGUAGAAUGACGACGGCUAUCACGUUUUCCCGCCAAAAUGACGCUGGUUCACGCGUGCGCACUACCUUUUAUUGAGAAAAUCUCGUACUCGUAGGCGUUCUCGUCGUAGAAUCUAAAGGUCUCUAAUACCAUUCAACACAAUACGUAACCAGUCUUACGCGCAGUCUCAAAAUAGCCAGGAAAAUUCUUCAUUAAAUCCCUUGAAGAAGGACGACUUGUCCGUCCGAAAUAUCGGGAAACCUCAAGUCGCUUUUCUGUUCGCUGUUUUGUUAUUUAUGUUUAUAUUUUUGUCUAGGAAAAGUAGCGCCGUUGUAGUACUAGAUUGUGAACAGUACCACGAGCAAUUGCUCGGUAUCAGCUACUAUUUCAUGCUUGUAGACGCCAUCUUUGAUUUUGAAAAGAGGAAUACUGGGGAGGGUAAAAAAAUGGGACCAUUAGGGUGGGUAUGGAGGGAAAAAAUGUGGGCUGUGAUUGGAGGCGAUGAAAUUUUUCUACUCUUCAGCCGAUUUGGAUAUACUUUAUGGCGGGCCGUUUUCCCACCGAGUCAAAUUCUAUAGUUUUAUAUUUUUGCAGGAGAUUUUUGGUUUGUGUAAAUAGUAAGCCCCCCCGCUACUGUCUCCUCUCUUCCCCCCCCCCCCUUAAGCUCCCUUUUUGACGCCUGCCACACAGGCUACCCAUGAAAUGCCCAACACAGUAAACUAGGGUUGUGCAGUAGGCAAAAUCAAGCUGGGCGUGGGGGGGGUUACUGCUACAACUCUCAAACAAUUCUGUUACCCGCACUCCGAGCCUCGGGUAGUUAUCUCCUUUUCCAGGUCAAUAUUGCUAGCUAUUUGACGUGAUAACGAUGUCUUAUCAAUUUUAAGGGCAAAAAUAGAACUACCAGUGGAGUGUUUGCAGUAUUGUGUUGUACGUAAGUCGUCAAAUACUGCACUAGUUUGAAUUAGCAAUAAUGACAAAAUAUUUUGAUGUUUGUUCUCUUUUGACGCAGGAUAUUGACCGUAUCAUGUUGUUACAUGGCGCUCGUGUUAUGGAGAGUGUAAAACCGAUACUGGACAGCGAAACACGCACAGAAGAUGUUAAAGAACAGGUAAAACACAAUGCAGCGUCUCUAUUACUACCGAACAAAUCGCCUGAGAAAAAAGCUAAAUUGGUUUCCCCGCGAAAUGACGCCUGAGAAACGAGUGCAGAAAUUCCAUACUGAGAAGGCGUCACUUCCAACAUCUGGAUCGUGCUUCUGAUUGAGUCACUCAGUGAAACAAAUUUCCCUCGCGGCACGACCAAUCAGAACAACUACCAAGAUCUGCGCUAGUUCCACAAAAGUCAUUUCACAGGGAAAUCAGCGGGUGUCGUCGUGAAAUGUCGGCCGUUUUCUCAGGCUAGUCAAAAAUCCAUGUCUUUUUUUACUUGUGUCUGCUCCUGCUUGCCUUGACAAGAUCUGUUUAUUUCCACAUACAAGUUCUCCAGACUGAUAUAUAUACACUUCCUUUAAGAAUUAGUUGAGAGAUUAUAAUAUAAGAUCUAGGCAUUUUCCUUUAGGUUAUCAUUUUUUUCUCAUAUUUGUUCUCUCGGCUUCGGCAAAUAAUUGAUCUGCUCGCCACAGACAAAUCACGAUAUUUUGCUCACCCUCGUCCAGUAAUUGUUAAUUAUUUUAAUCGUUUUUAUUCAACGAUUAAUGAAUGAGGCUGAGUAUCUUAUGAAGAAUUAUGGAGAUCAAGGAGGGUGUUAUCCAUCGAGGCUGUAGGCCGAGGCGGAUAACACCCUCCGAGAUCUCCAUAAUUCUUCAUAUGAUACGAAAGCCGAAUUCAAUAAUUGUUUUAUUAUUCAUCCAAAAUCAUUCCUAGUUUAAAAACAUGGCUAAAGCAUGCUUACCUCCAUCGAUCCAUCGAUAUUAAGUUCAUCUUCGAUAGUGCACGUUUAGGUUUGUGCAUCUCCGCAAAUAUUCUCCAAAUAGCAGAUGUCGCCCUUGGAGUUGUCUUCUUGCUGUUCUUGCCAUGUUUUUAGCUAUUUUUUCGCCUAGUUCUUACUCUUGAAACGAGUGAAAUGUCCGCCAUUUUUCAAGUUCACAAGCAAAACAUUUCAACCUCAUCCCCGGGUCUUCUCAGUCAACGGUACCUUAACCAGCGAAAACGCUGCAUUUUUGACGUCACUUCCUCGUUAAACACAAAAUUCUUCCAAAUUUGGUCAUCAGUAACUGGUUAUGGUGAAUUAAACGUGUGCUUUUAGCCAAUCAGAAUCGGGAAAAUAUUUCGAAUGAAUAAUAAUGUGUAUUAAUAUUGCUGGGAGGAAUUUUAUGUUGGCCACUCUUGGAACUAAUAUUGGUACUAGAGUUAAAGACGGUUAAUACGGACACCAACGGGUCAUGCGUAUAGGCUUAAAAGCAACAGAAGGAUGUUUUAAAAGUAACUCAACUAUAAUUUUAUCGUCAGCACCGAAGAAACCUUUACUUUAAAGAGUUGUAACACGUUUUGUUCUAAUACCCCUCAGCCCCGGAGCCAAGUAUGAAUUUUAGGAAUUCGAAACUGACCUAUUCCUUAGACUGUUUACACCAGUGCUGUCGCUAAAAUUUCAAGUUGCCGGGUACAUGCAAUUAGGAGGAGGAGAAUUGUACAGCUUGGAAGUUCUGGGUCAAUUUAGGUUCCUGGGAAACUGCCCACCCACCCCUCCCCUAAGCCAACAUUUUGCCCUAAUUGAGAAGUAAGUGAUAAUGUUGACUUAGGGGAGAGGUAGGUGGGCAGUUUCUCAGAGACCUAAAUUGAUCCGAAGUUCUUUUGGUUGUAUUUUCCUUCAGGGCCGAGUUGUUCAAAGCUGGGUGAAGAUAACCCAGGGUUAGUGCGAGUUUUGAAUUCAGAUUUGAAAGCUUAAAAAGCAUUUAAGUUUUAAUUCUUUUUCUCUACUAAUUGAUGAUUGGAAGUUCUAAAAAUAACAGAGAAAAUUACCCGAGAAAAUGCUUUGGAACACAAGAAAGAGAAACCCGGGUUAAAUUUAACCCCAGGUUAAGCGCUAAUCGGCUUUCGAACAACUGGGCACUGUUUCCUAUAAGAGUAGCCGGGGCUUACGUAGCCUGGAAAAAUCCCAGCCCCCGGCUCUUAGUGACAGCCCUGAGUUUACACCUCCUAUCUUUCAGUAUACCGUCCAGCUAAAGCUUGCUUUGCGUUACGGGUGGCAAUCUUGGUUUCAAAUGUACCGAGGGGAUGGACGUCGGGGUUUGUUGCACUAGUUAGAGAGAGGCGAGAAAUUUCAUGUCUCCUCCAAAACCGUCCCCCUCCCCUAAGUACACUCAUCACAUAAACACUCAUCCCCAGGCUAGACUCGGUGCAUUUGAAACCAAGAUGGCCGCCUGUAACACAAAGCGCUCGAUCUCGACGGUCUUAUGGAAAAACAGAGGACUUUGAACCCCGGAGGGGGUGGCUACUGCCAUAUAUGGGCUAUAUAGGUAUGUGCCGCUGUGAACGGUAUGGUUUUCAAGCAGUUUACUCUAGGAUAGGGUAUGGGUAUUAUUUUUCAGGAAAUCAGUCGGUUGAAGAUUUUAUCUAGACUAGGGAUUGUGGUGUAAGGUUUUGUUUUGGCUAGACUGUGCUAGUGACCUCAGUAGUUUCUGGAAAACAGCUACUCUAGGAAAAAGGAUAGUUUACUCUAGACAAAAUUUAGAACUAGUGUUAUAGGUUAAGGGUUCCUUUCCAGCCCCACCCACAAAUUUCCCCCCGGGCUUUGAACAGUGUUACUUGUUCCUUUGCUUCCACAGGCUCUGUGCGUAAUCGCCAACAUCGCUAAUGGCUCAACAGCUAAAGAAUUCGUAAUGGGUGAUGAAAGCUUGCUAAAAAGACUGAUGCAGUAUAUGAUGAAUGAUAGCGUCAAGUUACAAAUGGCUGCCACGUACUGCGUGUCCAACCUCGUGUGGAGCACAGAAGAAGGCGCUGUUGAACGGCAGCAAAAACUCCGCGAUCUGGGCGUACAGAAGCUUCUACAGUCUCUACUAACAACGUCUGAUGUCAACCUCUUUGAGAGGUAG